AGCUGUUGAAUACCGCGCACGCACCAAAGCUCUCUCCCAUUCUCACGCCCUUUUCAGCCCCCGACUUCCAGCUUUUCCCGACCAUACAACCGUUACGCAUACACAUUAGUCAGAUGGAGAGGGGGAAAGCUUUCUAGAGCUCCAACCUGUGUCGGUGUCUUCCGUUUAGUCGUCGGUUGACUUCCAAAUUGGUAGCAACGUGUGGACAAAAGUGCUCCCACUGAAAAAUCCCUUCAAAACCAAACGGUGCGUCUGUGUGCACUGCUACUUUCUUUUGGGCAAUCAUGAGCCCUCUCCCCCGAGUCAACAUUGACGAGCCGAAAUAUGAUCAGAACUAUUACUUGGGGAGGGCCAAGCACUUCUUCCUGCUGACCAACCCGCUUAAUGUGCUGGCCUCCGACUCGAAGUUAGAGGAGGCCCGCCAGAUAGUGCUGAGGUACCGGGCUGGAAAGGAUGUUCCCGAGUGCAAGACCAUCGAUGACGUGUGGCGCGCCAAAUACCUGUACGAUUCGGCGUUCCAUCCGGAGACCGGGGAGAAGCAGAUAGUCAUCGGGCGCAUGGCUGCGCAAAUGCCCAUGAACACAAUUAUUACCGGCGGCAUGAUGGCCUUUUACAAGACCACACCCGCCGUCGUCUUCUGGCAGUGGUGUAAUCAGACAUUCAACGCCAUUGUCAACUACACAAACCGCUCGGGCACCUCGCCCGUCAGCCAGCAGCAACUAAUUACCUCGUAUUGUCUGGCCACUAGCGGAGCCUUGGUCACGGCUCUUUCCUUGAACCGCGCAGUGAAGAACAUGAAUCCGCUCUUGGGUCGCCUUGUCCCCCUAGUCGCAGUUGGUGCUGCCAACUGCAUCAACAUUCCUUGCAUGCGGAUGCAAGAACUACGCAACGGAGUGACGCUUUUUGACGAGCACAACAACGAAAUGGGCAUCUCGAAAAAGGCGGCCGUUGUUGGAAUCUCAACAGUAAUCCUGAGUCGAAUCGCUAUGGCCAUACCGGGAAUGACUCUGACACCGGUGCUGAUGAAUGUCCUCGAGAAAAGGGGAUUCUUGGCUAAAUACCCGCGAUCCAACGCUCCCAUCCAAACGCUCUUCUGUGGCUUCGUGCUGCUUUUCGCCACGCCCCUAGGCUGCGCAUUUUUCAAGCAGCGAGCGGACAUCAAAGUGGACAGCCUUGAGUCGGAGGUCCGUGACACCAUUAGGAAGAAGCGUCCGGAUUUGGAAACUGUCUGGUUCAACAAGGGCCUGUAAGGCCAUAGCACAUUACGAACUUAACGGAGACAAUAAUGUGGAAUGAGCCUCUAUUUAUUUAUCCUUCUUGCAUUUAUUGGCAUUUUGCCUGUUGACAUCCGUUCGAAAUCCUCCUGAUAUUAGCCUGACCGCAUAUGCUUACCGCUCACUGUAAGGCGUUACGUCAGGGAAUCCAGUUUUUCAGUGUAUAUUGUAGAGAUUGUGUAAAAGUAAAAGAAACCAAAAUAAAUUCUGUUAACUGUUAACUGAA